CACCCCUGACUGGUAAUAGCCAGAUAGCGGAAAACAACUAGAGAUGAUGCUGGAGAGCUCGGCAUCUUUGAACCGUCCCAGGGAGUGAAUAAAUGCGUUUUUCAAUUAGGACAUCACCUUGAGCGUUUAUACAUUCCUUUACAAGCCUAACGUUGUAUCAAAAUGAUGGAAGAAAUUGACAGAUUUCAAGUGCCACCCGUAAAUCCACCAGAGAUGAAGCUGCUGGAUCCUGCAGCAACGUCUACUUUGGAGGCUGAAGCGGGAACAAGAGAAUCAGAGUCAGUCGCCAUCAACUACAAGCCCUCUCCUCUACAAGUAAAGAUAGAGAAACAGCGAGAGCUUGCGAGGAAGGGCUCGGUGAAGAACGGAACUGUGGGUAGUCCGGUCAAUCAGCAGCCCAAGAAAAAUAACGUUAUGGCCAGAACAAGGUUGGUUGUACCUAAUAAAGGCUAUUCAUCCUUAGACCAGAGUCCAGAUGAGAAGCCGCUUGUAGCACUGGACACUGACAGUGACGAUGACUUUGAUAUGUCAAGAUAUUCAUCGUCUGGAUAUUCCUCAGCUGAGCAAAUAAACCAAGACUUGAACAUCCAGCUGCUCAAGGAUGGCUACCGGUUGGAUGAAAUCCCAGACGAUGAAGACCUUGAUCUCAUCCCCCCAAAAUCAGUCAACCCCACCUGCAUGUGCUGCCAAGCCACUUCCUCCACAGCCUGUCAAAUUCAGUAACCCUAGCCUCCCUCGUCCCCCCCAGCCCCAUCCUUGUGGGUUAAGCUCACGGUUAGCACCCUCAGCAUAGCUUAACUACUAAAGAACUUAAAAACAAUAGAAUGGAUGUACUGAAAUUAACAUUACAAUAGGGAAGCAUACUGAAUGAAAAUGCACAAGUAUGUAACAGUCAUCGGUUCCUCCUAUGGUAGGACGCGAGUCUUUGUAUCACUAGAGGGCGCUAGACUUGGGCGUGUAUAGCUGUAAGAUGUGUUGAGGUGUAUAUAAAUGCAUGGUGCAACAGUAGAAGAAUUCAGCUGCUCAAGAAUCUUUUAAAAAGGAACAAAACCGAACAUUUCAUCCUUCUAUAGAACAGUUUUCCCAAACGUUUUUUUUCUUGCGUAUCCUCACAGUCCAUCAGAAAGGGCCACCAAAUGAAAAACACGUUGCUUAUAUAAUAGGCCCACUUACUUGGGAAAAAUAGCUUAAAGUGUAAUAACUUUGGAUAUUGAUUUUAUUUUUAUUUCUCAAGAUAGCUCAGCUUCUGUUUUUUAUAGGUUUAUCAAAGCAAAAGCAACAUUUUGCUUUUUUCCUUUUUUUUUUUUUUUUUUUUUAGAUUAUCUGCUUUCUGAUGUUAUUAGCACAAGGGUGCUUGUUUUCUAAUGAAAGGGAGUGUAUUUGUUUCUCAUAUCAUUUUCAUUGAGAACUUACAUAUUAAUAUAUUGUGAGUAGCUUUGUAGCAAACACUAACGAAGGGAAUAUAUCGUACAGAAGACACUGAUCUGCUAUGAAACUGACGGCAGAUGUAAUUAAGUCAGGGAAAUCUCAUUGAAUAGUUAAGAUGUUUUUACUCGGAGAUGUUUUUGAACAUAUUUUUUGUGUUUAUGAGUAGUUUUCGGUCAGAGUUGCUGCACGUAAACCCAACAGAUUAAAUUGUGAUCACUUAAAAGUUUUCAAAGAUAAACUAUAAAUGUACCUUUACGUAAGACAAACGAGAUAAUUCGGUGCAGAUUUCUGAUUCAAGAGCUUUUUGGAGAAUUGUUGCGAUUUAUUAGGAAGGGACGAAAGCUUGCGUUAAUAGCAGCUGCCAGGUACAUAUCCAGUAAUCUCCAUCAUUAACAAGUCAAAAAUACUAUAAAUUUAGUUCAUCUAGUUUGUGCCAAAAUGCAUAAAAUGCAUUGUUUCUUUAUUUUAUAGAUGAAACAGGCAUGAAAUGCCUAUGGCCUGGAUUCAAAAUCAAUUUUACACUUUAGUGCUCUCGUCUUUAUAGUAAUUUUAAAGUGCAAUACCAUUUUGUGAGACAUUAAGUGUAGUACUCUGGAACACGAUGCUCUGCUUUUGCUUUUGAUGCCUUUCCUUAUAAACGUCUUUAUAAAUUCAUCUCAACUGUUUCAGUCAGUGGCCAAAUCACUAUCACUUCCGAUAAGCAACAUUGAGCGCUCAGUGUAUGAAGGUGCUUGCAUUGAUUCAAAGAUUGUACUGUUCUCUACAGUAUUUGUCUUUUUUUUUUUUUUUUUUUUCCUUUUCUUGGUCAUGCAACUGUUUUGUUGACCAGCACCUUAUUGUCAUGCAUGUAUAUCGUCACCCAUUUCCUAUUGCCAGCUGUAAUUAGAUGCCAUUGCACCAAGCACGUAACCUAGUGACACUCCAGUUUACAUCUGAGUCGGCAAAUUUACAGAACAUAUAAUGCUAUCUCACGACCAACUUGUAUGUAUUUUACGAGGGGGCUAAUUCGUACGAUAGCGGGACGGGGUUAGGUGUGGGUCAUUCAUACCAAUUCAUACAAAUUUUGUACAAGUGAGGUCGUAUAAAUUCAUAUAAAUUAGCCACCUUGUAAAAUAUGUACAAAAUGCCAUGAGAUCAGGCUGGAAUAUAUGAAGAGAGAUUAUAAUAUAAUGGUACCGUAAUCUAGUAUUUAGUUCUAUAAUGCUACUGUUAAAAAGUUUGAGGUCAGUGGGAUUUUUUUUGUUAAAUACUUAAUUUAUUUUCAGCAAGAAUGCAUUAAAUUGACAGUAAAGACAUUUAUAAUGUUAAAAGAUUUCUUUUUCAAAUAAUUU